AUGGCGGCACUCAAGGCGUGGCAGAGGCAGCUCCAAGAAGAGAUGCAAGAUUUGAAGAAUAUGUGCGAACAGCGGUUCCAGGACCUGAGCGAGAAGUUCCUUUUCGUGAGCAAAAGCAGUCAAGAGCAGGAUGCCCGUGUGAAGAACCUGGAGACCAAGGCGCAGCUGUCCUUGUACCGGCAGCCGGCGCAGCGAGACGUUGCCGCAGAGACUGGUCGCGAGGCGGUGUUGACGUCCCAGCAGGCACCUUUCCCACAGGUGCAGGCGCAGGCCAUGGAGGCGGGUGCUGAAGCUGCGGCUGCUGUUGUCGCACGUCGUGUGGCCGAACGUGUUCGCCAAGACCUUGAGGCGGAGAUGGAGACCCUUCGGCGACGCUUCUCACAGGUUGUCCGUGAUGUCGAGGGCCUCCACCAAGCGGCUGCUCAGGGCCGCGCAGCUGCUGCAGACACCUCUGCUGACUCGCUGCGGCGGCUCUUGGUGGAAGCCCUGAUCCGACCUUGCCGGCCUGGUGAAGUCCAGCAGAUGGCCCUGAAGCUUCUGAGCCAGGCUUUGGAUGCUGCGACCCUCCUCUCGGCUGCAACGCUCUCACCGGAGCCCAGCGCUCCCAUUGCAGAGAUCUUCCGCAAGCACGAGAGCGCCGCUGAGACAAGGAAAAUCUGCGAAGAGAUUCUGGCAGAAAGGGUAAGCAGUCUGCUGGCAGACUGCGGCCCUGAUACGCAGGGUGCAGUAGAGGCCUUCCUUACUGGCAAGACCGGUAACUCAGCAUCAGCUACCCCUGUGCCCUCAUCAACUUCCACGUGGACAACUCCAGCUGCUCCACCUCAGGCCCGGCCGAUCACACCAUCUUCAUCCAAAGAGGCCUCGCUACCCCCGCCACCUCAAAUCCUUUCGCAGCCGGCGAGGCCAAGGGGAGCUCCAGUCCGCCCAGUGAGGCUUGCUGCUCUUGGGCCAGCUGCUUCAAGGCGGUCAGACUCUGCUGGGCCAGUUUGGCGUCCUCCGCUUGAGUACGGUCCUGGUGCCUGCGCACCCUGA